CUUUGAGGUUAGAGGCUCCGAGUUCGCCGUAAAAAAGGAAAUUUUUAACUCUUUUGAUAAAAUUUCGUGAAUUUCGUCAUAAAGUAAAGGUGCAAAGGUCAAAAUCAAUAACCCGGAAGCUGCUUUCCAUAACCGUACUGAGCAUCAGAAAAUCGUGAUAGUGCGCGCUCGUGUGUGUUUGCGUUGUUUGUGCGAAGAGUGCGUGUGCCCAAGAGGAUCCUUAUCGAGUGCGUGCACAUUUGCUGUGCGGGUCAGCGAUUGGGCCGUGAAAUUACAGCACAGAUAUCACAAAAAGUGCCAAGCAAGUGAGUGCCAGAUCGAAGAAGAAGAAGAAGAAGGUACCGCCAUCGUCAUCAUCAUCAUCAAUCGGUGGUCAAAGUAGCCCCACGAGAAGCAGCCAAUUUCUUAGCACCGGCCAGCAGUAGACACACGUAAAUCGCAUCAAAAUGGUUAUCAAAGUGUACAUCAGCGGAUUGUCCGGCAACAAAGAGGUGAAAAAGCGCCAGCAGCGAGUAACGAUGAUCCUACAGAGUAAACACAUAGAAUUCAUCGAGAUUGACAUCGCGACAGGAAAUACGGAGGAAAAGGAGUUUAUGCAGGCCAACGCCCUUCAAAAGGGUUCCACGAUUAGCGAUCCUACUCCGAGGUACCCCCUUCCACCACAGGUGUUCAACGACUCGGUUUACUGCGGUGAUUACGAUGCAUUCGAUGCCGCAAAUGAGGAAGAUAAAUUGGAAGAGUUUCUGAAGCUCCGCGCGCCAACGACCGAGACGACGACGGUGGCCACAAAGAACGGUGUAGGAGAGGAGACUGCAGCAGCAGCAGCGGCGGCGACGGAAGAAACGACAGAGACGGCGGACGAAAACAAGACUGAAGACAACAACGGUGGGGGCGAUGCGGCGGAGGACACGGCAGAUGGAGCGAAUGAUGAGAAGCCCCCGGAAUCUACAGCGACGGAGGAAAGUGAUCAGAAGAAGGAACCCGAAGAUGGUUCACUGGAAGAUGCCCUCGACAAUAGCAGCACACCCGAGCAGCAAUCCGAGAAGAUGGAUGGAGAGAGCACAUCGGAAACUGUCCAGGAACCAGCAAACACAGAUAACAGUAACACGAUCGACGAGGAGCCGCCAAUACAAAAAACGGAGGAAAACGAGAAUGAAACAGUGAUUGCACCGGAAACAGAAGUUGCAGUAGAUCAAGAGCUUAUGUCGGCAGAUGACGGGGAUCAAAAGGAAGAAGAAAAUGCCGAAGCUAUUCGAGAACCGGAAGAUGAGAUUGAACCGGACCAUGAUUCUGAAUCUGCCGCAACUUCUCCGACGAGUAAUGAAGACGUUAAUGAGGAGCAACUAGAAACGAAGAGUGUCAAUGUGGUUGAAUCUAGCCCAACGCAUCAAGAAAAAGAGUUACCGAUAGAGGAGAGUGAUGAUACCGACGGGGAGGAUUCAGACGAUCAGCCCGAUUCCGUUGUUGAGGCAACAAAGGACGCUACUGGUCCAGAUGAUGGUCCAGGAAAUGAUCCAACGACCGAUCAGGAACCACAGAAAACGGAACAAAACGAUAAGAAAGACGGCUUGCAAGGUGAUAGUGAAGAUAAUUCCGAUGCUGAAGAAACAAUGAGCUUCACUAGUCCAGAGGAGAAUCGUACAGCCGCUCAGGAACCUCAGCUAACGGAAAUCGAACAAAACGAAAAGAAAGACGACGUACAAGGAGACAGUCACGCUGAUGAAGAUGUGGUGGAUCCGAUCGAACCCGCAGACCCUACAACAACAUCCCGACAAAGCUCCACGACAGACGAUCAGGAUGAAUUGGUUCCGGCGGAGGAGGAGGAAGAGCAGAAGGAGGACCGAAGUACGACGACGACGACGACGACAGCACAGUCUGAACAUGAGCCAGGGCCACUAUCAAACGCUGAUGGUGUCGAGGAACAACACCUGUCUGCCACCGGUGAUGCUACGAUGGUGGAUGCUGACGACACGGAGGAGCAGGAGCUGAUCCGCGCCUCGGCAGCACUGGCGGGCCAGAGCGAGGAUGCACAGGAGGAAGUCAUCGAGGUCGACGACGGUGUGGAGGAUGCUGAUGAGCCAGAUACGGAGCAGAAUCGUGCUGCAGAGGAUGCGAUCUCCAGCAAGCUAAUCGAUACCGACGAUCCCAUGCUGGCGGAACAGGAACAAGAAGAAUAGAAAGAGAGAGGGAGAGUGGAGGAGGAUGAUGAAACCGCAAAUCCACCAAUAACGUCGUCCAUAAUGUCACCACCAUCGCCAUCCAUCCAUAUCACACAUCAUCUCGUCACCCGCAUCCUCGCGUUUACUUAUUAGGUCGAGCCAUAUAUGAUCACCGGAACCCACGUAGAAGACAACAAAGCUGUUCGAAUACUACUGCUGCUACUUCUUGUUCUUCUUCAAUUACGGCUACUAUUGCAGCAACGACUACGCUACUCUCUGUGCACCACGCUUCGCAGCAUCCCAAAUACUGGCGAUGGGCGAAGGAAAAACGAGGAUGCAGUAGUACUUUGCGAACGAACGAGGAAGGAAAGCCACAAGAUCGGAAGCGAUCCUUCCGGAAGGGUCCUUCUUAUUUGUGCUCGUGAUGAAUUGGAGGACCUGUAGCUUCGUCCUAGUGAUGAAGGGGAAAAUGGGUAGCGCGUCACGUGGCUUGAAUUUCGACGCACAACGUGCGGCAUUUAUCGCGCGGCAAAGCGGAAGGAGUGGAGUGUGUGUGUGUGUGUUGCCGAGGACCGAAUUCGAACCGCCCGCACAGUGCCGCCAAAGCUAGACCGAAGGGGAAUCUUUCGAAAUACCUACCAAGUGAUCACCCUACUUUAAGAACAAGUCCGGUUAAUAAAAUGAAUUUAUUUUUAAAAAUAAA